GUUCGGGACUCAGCUAGUAGACACCUUGCACCGGCUUGAGCAGACGCCGACCUCAAUCGGGACAUGGUCGUAAGUUUUAUAGGUACAAGAUCAAGUCUACUGCGGUUUUUUUUGCGUGACAGUCUUGUAGCUCGGCUUACUUUCUAGGCUGUUGCAAUGAAGGUACGCAUGGCUCCGCUCCUGAGCCUCUGGCGUACUCUCGGGACUGCAUAUCUUCCUAGCUUGCUUCUCGCCAAGUUAUCUUUUCCGAAAAUAAUAUUCCCCGGUUCCGCGAAAACCGUUGCAGGGACAAUAUCCUUUUUGACGGGGCCACCCUGUGGCUUCGUGGGCGCGCGUGAAUUGCGUUAAUUGCCGCUCUGCAAGACAGGGCACAUAGGGUGCCCGGCUACUAGUACUUAGUGGACAAACAAACCGCGGCCAAAACUUCGACGGUACAUGAUAACUGGUCGCUCCUGAACCUGCCCAAAAUCUGGACAGAGCCUGAAGAAUCCCCUAUUGCCUUCCCAGGUCAAUGUCGUGAGAUCAGCGGUGACUGCUACUGCCCUAUAGCUAGUUCGUUGCUCUAGGGCAACAUUGAAACAUCCAUCGACUCGCCACGGCCCAGAUUCGCUUAUCCUGACCACAUGCGAUACGCAAUCUCUAGUAAAUGAGGCUUGCGUGGCUGGAACUAGAUCUCUUGAAUCUGCAGCCGCCUUACUUUCAUUGCCUUCCCGUGCGAACGCGCUUCGCAUAUUGGCGAUUUCCAAGUCCCAUAUGUGGAUCAUUACGCUUCGUCGACGAUUUGCAUUCUCCAAAUAGUCUUUGAGGGCGCAUAUGAUCGGUUCUCGUUGCAAGCCUCCCGAACUUAAUGCGUGGCGACAUCGAGUAUCACGUACUGUGUUUUUGCUG